UAAAUGCUGCUGCCCUGCCUUUCCCGCCCGCCGGCAUCGCUGCCGACUUCGCCGGCCGGCAUCGCCGAUCUCCUCCUCUCCCUCUCCGCCGCCCGAUCCCUCCCCAAAGGCCAGCAGCUCCACGCCCACCUCAUCAAGUCCGGUCUCCUCUCCUCCCCAUCCGCCGCACUCCGCCCACUCUCCAACCACCUCAUCACCUUCUACGCCCGCUGCGGCCUCCCCCUCCACUCCCGAGCCGCCUUCGAUGACUCCCCCUCCCCUCGCCCUCCUGCCGCCUGGUCCUCCCUCCUCGCCGCCCUCGCGCAGAACGGCCUCCCCCUCCCUACCCUCUCCGCCUUCCGCUCCCUCCUCCUCGCCGGCGUCGCCCCCUCUGACCGAUCCCUCCCCUCCGCCGCCAAGGCCGCCGCUGCCAUAUCUUCUACCUCCCUGUCCUCCUCCAUCCACGCCCUCGCUCUCAAAACCCCCUUCGCCGACGACGUCUUCGUCGCCUCUUCCCUCGUCGACAUGUACGCCAAGUCUUCCCAAAUCGCCGACGCCCGGCGACUGUUCGAUCUGAUGCCUAACCGAAACGUCGUUUCCUGGAGCGCCAUGAUCUACGGCUACGCGGAGUCUGGCUUCGACACCGAGGCUCUUCGCUUGUUCAAGACCGCCCUCGCCGAGCUCGAACCUCCGGGGGUCAACGACUUCACCUACUCCUGCGUCAUUAGGGUUUGCAGCACGACCACCCUCCUCGAGCUCGGCUCCAGCAUCCACGGCCAUUGCUUCAAGACUAGCUUCGACUCCUCCCCCUUCGUCGGCAGCUCCCUCGUCUCGCUUUACUCCAAAUGCGGGAUCGCGGAACAUGCCUACAAGCUGUUCGACGAAAUGCCCCAGAGGAAUCUCGGCGCCUGGAACGCAAUCCUCAUCGCCUCGGCCCAGCACGGCCACACACGCGCCGCCUUCGCCCGCUUCAGCGAGAUGAAAUCCGCCGGCUUUGCCCCAAAUUUCAUCACUUUCCUUUGCCUACUGACCGCCUGCAGCCACGCGGGGCUCGUCGACGACGGAAAACGCUACUUCGCCUUGAUGGCGGAGCACGGCAUCGAGGCAGGGCCGCAGCACUACGCGGCGGUGGCCGACCUCCUCAGCCGGGCGGGCCGCAUCAGGGAGGCGGUCUCCUUCAUCGAGGCGAUGCCGAUUGCGCCGACGGAGUCGGUCUGGGGCGCGCUCAUCACCGGGUGCCGCAUCCACAAGGACGCCGACACGGCGGCGUACGCGGCGGGGAAGCUGUUCGAAACAGGGUCUCUCAGCUCGGGUGCCCACGUGCUGCUAUCCAACGCGUACUCUGCGGCGGGCCGGUACGCGGAGGCGGCGCGCGCGAGGAAGGCGAUGCGCGACCGCGGCGUGCGCAAGGAGACGGGGCUGAGUUGGCUGGAGGCCGCCGGAAAAGUCCACACCUUCGUGUCCAGUGACAGGUCGCACCCAAGGACCGACGAAAUAUACGCGAAACUGGAGGAGGUGGAGCGGAGGAUGGAGGAAGCCGGGUACGUGGCGGACACGAGGGAAGUCCUUCAGGACGUCGGCGGGGAGGAGAAGAGGGCGGCGAUAAGGUACCACAGCGAGCGGCUGGCCAUCGCGCUGGGCCUGCUCCUGGUGGCCGAGGGGCAGCCGAUCAGGGUGAUGAAGAACCUGAGGGUGUGCGCCGAUUGCCACACGGCCAUCAAGUGGCUGACCAAGUGCACGCCGCGGGUGGUGGUGCUGAGGGACAACCACCGCUUCCACAGCUUCCACCAGGGCGACUGCUCCUGUGGAGACUACUGGUGAUGCAAUCCAACCUUUUCCUUCCUGAGUUCAAUAACUUCCUCAGUCUAAAGGGCAAUUCUUCCCCCUUAAACCUCCAAAAAGAUUUUGGUCAUCGCAUACCGAUAAAAGGGCAGAUCGAUACAUGAAGUUGAUUUUGGAGAAGGAUCAAUUAUAUUGGAUCUAUUAAGCAAUCUUAUUUUACAUUGCGAGAGAUUUUCACGAUUCAAAUCCAUGUCUGGCGCGAUAUGUACACCACCACAUUGCAACACAGACAAAGUGAUCUGAUAGAUGUUUA